AUGGCUCAAGCAGUGCCAACAAUUACCUGCAAUCCAUCACCCCCGCUUUCUACUGGCGCCACCAUCAGACCAGGUCUCGCCCUUCCAGUAAUUCAGAACAAUCAAAGUCUAUGGGACAACGCUGUAAAAACCGUUCCGGAGACCGAACUUUCUCUGAUCGAUUUCAAGAAUGCUGAGAAACGAGACAUUCUUGAGGAUGUCCUUGCCCUUGCGAAGCAGCGAAGAGAAGAAUGCUUGCGGAAAAGAUGGCGCAUCAGAAGGAAGAAUGGCACGAUAAUCAUCCUACGAGAUGUAUUUGAAAAAGUAAUUGUCUGGAUCAAUAAAUUCAAGGAAAUUGGAGAUAUUGCAGUGCAAUAUGACCCGACCCACGCAUCGCUGCCCUGGGCUGGUAUCCGGAUGAUUCUUCAACUGACAAUCAAUGACUCAAGCAUUUUCGGUGCUAUGCUGCAGGGUGUUGAUGCUAUAGCAAAGAUGAUAACCCGAUACGCCAUUUUUGAGGGUAUCUAUCUUGCAUCUCGCGUACUCACUCCGGCUGAGACACAGUUAGCGCUAUCGCUUACCAGGUUGUACGCUUCAAUCUUGUUCUUCCUCGGAAAGGCACUUCAUUACUAUGCCAAGAAUACUGCCAAACGCUUCGCGAAAAGUGCAGUGUCUUUCUCGGAUAACAAUAUGGAUGACAUAUUGAAAGAGGUCUACGAAGCAGAGAAAUUCGUCAGCCAGGACGCACAUCUAGUCGAUGCGGACAGACAGCAAGCUAUGGCCUACAUUAUAAAGCACACGGAGAGCAUGACACUCAACAUGAGUCAAUAUGCACAGUCUAAUUCAGGAGUGCAUCCAAUGUUAGAUAGUACAUCUCAGGCACAGAUGCAGCGUCUAACCUCGGCGCUUGAAGGACUGGAGCAACCCAUUCUACGAGUAUCGGAACUGUUGGUCGAUUGGCAAGACCAGCUUGAUGCUACACACCGAUCAGGGGUUCUGAACUGGAUAUCGAAUGUUCCAUACAUGCAUCAUCACCGAGCAGUACGAAAAGGCCGUCUUAAAGACACUUGUCUGUGGCUGUUGGAAAAACCAGUAUUCUCUGACUGGCAGACUACGAGCUACUCCUCUAUUCUCUGGUUACAUGGUAUUCCUGGCUCGGGGAAGUCAAAACUGAUAUCUUUGGUGGUGGACGACCUCAUUCCCCAAGGGGGAAACGUCUCAUCAUCAGCCCCAGUUGCAUAUUUCUACUGUGCCAGAAAUCCGAACGAGCAGAUCCCGAGCAUGUGCUCUGCGCCCGCAGCCGGUGAAAUUGUCGAUCGAAGAUGCGAUUGCAAUGAUUCUGGCCGUGUUGGACGAUCCCCCGCUACUAUCGUAAUCGACGCUAUUGAUGAGGCGGAUGCCACCAGACGGCACGAGCUUCUGGAUGGCCUCGAAAGUAUCAUCCAGCAGGCUUCGAAUGUCGUGAAGAUAUUUGUUUCAAGUCGUGACGAGGUGGAUAUCGUUUGGAGACUCGAGCAUUCACCAAAUCUUUAUGUUCAUGCAGCCGACAACUCAGAUGACAUUGAAAGGUUUGUUAUAACCGAAGUGGAUGUGGCUAUUCGGACCCGUCGACUUCUUGGGGGUGACGUCUCUGAUGGUUUGAGGGAUAUGAUCGUCACUCGUUUGACCAACGAAGCUCACGGAAUGUUUCGAUGGGUAACUUUGCAGCUGCAAAACCUCUGCGACUCAAGUCGAAUCAAAUGCGAAGAGGACAUAUGCCAAGAGCUUGGUAGACUGCCCACUUCUCUGGCCGAGACAUACGAUAUGAUUUACAAUCAGAUAGCACAAUCAGGGCCGCGUAGUAAGACUGUCGGGGAGCGGGUUCUUAAAUGGCUCCUCGCCACACAACGGCCCUUGAAGAUUGAUGAAUUGCGAGCAGCAGUCUCGGUGGAUGUCAAUGGACUUUACAGCGCGCUCAGUAAGCGUGAUAUACUGGCAAUGACCUGCAACUUGGUUGUCGAAGAUACGGAGCUGGGAAUUUUUCGCUAUGCACAUACUUCAGUGCUUGAAUAUCUGGAGACACGGCCUGAAUUCAAUGCAUCACAGGUGAAUAUGCUUUUGCUGGAGCGAUGCAUGGAUACUCUUUUGCAUAGAUCCAUCCCUGGCUACUCACACUGUUUCAAGGAUAUGGGGAUCUGUGUCGAAGAAAUAUUCAAAGACUAUGCUUCUACAUUCUGGUUGCAGCACUGUUUCAGUUGCAACGAUCAGGACCGAAAAUGGGAGGCCCUAUCCAAAAUCAAAAAGUUCCUUUUCAGCGGGCUCCAAAAGUCAAAAGCUCUCUGCGAUUGGGAGAAAGAUACGGAAUACUGGAUUUUAUAUGGGCAGGCAGAUCGUGUUCGAAAGACAAUCAAACUAUUAUAUCGGGGGACUGGCCCGGAUGUGGACAGUCCUACCCAUUGGUAUCUUACCUGUGCAGUUGGCUUGACGGAGAUAAUCGAGGAAAUGACAAUCGAGGAGAUCAAUGUGCUGAACACGAAUUUUCGCUGUCUCGUUGAUGACACGGAUUCCCGGCCGAAAUCCGUAAAGCCAAUGGGUCUAGGGAUGAAUGGGCUGCAAAUGGCUAUCGUUCGCUCAAAUGAGGCGGCUGUGGAUGUUCUAUUGCGGAAAGGCGCGAGUAUCUUACAACGGACAGACAAAAAUGAAACUUGUUUGAGCCUCGCUACAACUCGCAACAAUCCCGUGGUUGUCGACCUCCUGUGUGAGGCUGGGGCCGAUCCAAACGAGAGCUGUCCUGUUCAAAUGAAAGACCCUGGCGGUACGAUGCACCAGCUUGACCUUGAUCCAGGAACACGUGAGUUUAAUCCAAGGCCUGCGACUGCCAUGGGCUUCCGUCAAAAUACACGAACGGUUCUUCUCGAUGAGGACAUUGAGACGCCCCUUCAUUCUGCUUCAUUUCAUGGCAACGAGCGUACUGUUGUGGCUUUACUGAGAUGGGGCGCUGAUAUCAAUGCCCGAAGUUGCCUUGGGUCAACUGCGCUCCAUAAGGCGAUGGAAGGAGACCAUCAACAUGUGGCGAUAAUUCUGAUUAAAGCAGGCGCAGAUGUAUCCACGCCAUUGAUGUACGGUCGGACACCACUGCAUCUGGCUUCUGCCAUGGGUCAACACAGAUUAGUAGAAUGUAUUCUCCAACACGGUGGAAAUGCGCGGGCCCGUGAUCAUUUUGGAAAGACCGCACAAGAAAUUGCGCGGCGGUAUGGUCAUAAUCGCAUUGUACAGAUGCUGGAAGAUGCCGGUGCAAAUAUUUCAGCUGACGAAGUUCCACAAUCUUCUUAUCUUCUCGGUGCCACGAUGGAAGAGUUUGAGGCCGCUGGGCGAGAGGAAUUAGAGCUCAGACAGGCACACCUCGGGGAGAAUGAGCUUGAAAUCUCAGAUACCGAAGAGACUAUUGAGUAUAAACUCCUCUUGGGAGCCACUUCGAAGGCGGAUACUUAG